CAUAUAAAAACUUCCAUAUUCAAGGGCAUGUAUCUAUUUUAGGAACUCAUAUGAUUAUAACAAUAGAUUAAGGUAUGAAAGCGAAUUUUAAAAUAUAUACUACCCUAAUAAAUUUUUGUCUAAUUUGUCAUAUCCAAACAUCCCCAUAUUUCUGAUCUUGGGAGCUAUAGCCUUAUAAAAUCAGCAAAAUAGUGCCAAAACAAUGAAUAAGGCCAUAGUAGGGAAGAUGACACAUGACCCAAACAAUAUACCCCAAAAAGCUUUUUAUAGCUUAAAAGAUCAGGAGCUGUUUUCAAAUACCUCAAAUGAAGAAAAUCUUAAACCCAAGACAUUUUUUUGCAUCUAACGAAAAUCUCUUUGUGUCACAGUUUUCUGUUUUAAAAGCAUGAUUUGUUUAGAUCACUGUUUUUGUUAUUCACAUUUCUGUCUGAGCGUAAGCCAUGGAAUCUAAGUUGAUCUUGAUUUAAUCUUCUUAUAAAACCUUGACCCAGCCUUAAAUGCAGGGUGCUUAGAUGUGUUAGCCGGCAUUGAGCUUGACGGUGGCCUGCAAAUUUUUGUAAGCAAAGAAAAGAGUUACUGUACGACAGAUAAUAAAAUGAAAGCAGAUCUGACAGCACAUCACAGUGGAUGACAUGUAUCUCUCUAUUCAAGUAACUCAACUGUGGGAGGAACUGAGGUCGAAUCGUCUCGCCAAAUACGGCACAGUAACUGCGGUCACAGCUAUUAGUUUGGUUCUGCUGAGAAAAUGGAUUGCAGGUGGAGUUUGCCGCUGUCAUGUGCGACUGGACGGGAAGACAGUCAUCAUUACUGGUGCCAACACUGGCAUUGGAAAAGAGACAGCACGUGACCUGGCCAUGAGAGGGGCUCGGGUUGUUAUGGCUUGCCGUGAUCUUUCAAAAGCAGAUAAAGCAGCGGCAGAGAUUCGCAGAUCUACAGGAAAUGGCAACAUAGUAGUUCGGCACUUAAACCUCUCAUCUCUGCUCUCCGUGCGUCAGUUUGUGCAUGAAUACACUGCCACAGAGGAUCGACUGGAUGUACUUAUUAACAAUGCUGGAGUGAUGAUGUGCCCUAAAAGCCUGACAGAGGAUGGCUAUGAAACCCAGUUUGCUAUCAAUCAUUUGGGCCAUUUCCUCCUGACUGUCCUGCUCCUGGACAUGCUGAAGAAGUCUAGUCCUAGUCGAAUUAUUAAUGUAUCCAGCAUUGCUCACAAAGGAGGUAAGAUCCACUUUGAUGACCUUAACUUCAACAAAGCACCGUACGAUUCCUUGGUCAGUUACAGACAGAGCAAACUUGCCAACCUGCUGUUUACUCGAGAAUUAGCACAAAGGAUUAAAGGGUCUGGUGUAACAGUGUACUCUCUUCACCCUGGAGUAAUCCGCACUGAACUGGGACGUUACGUGCAGACGCGCCACCCUCUGCUCAGCACUCUGUUGUCUUUUCCUGCUCUCUUACUGAUGAAAACCCCCAAUCAAGGUGCUCAGACUUCUAUUUACUGUGCGGUUGCUGAGGGGCUGGAGUCUCACAGUGGCUGCUAUUUCAGUGAUUGUAAGCUGAAGGAACCAGCUCCUGAAGGUAAAGAUGAUCUCGCUGCCCUGCGAUUGUGGGAAAUAAGUGCAAAACUUGUCGGCUACAAUGAAGAGAACUGACAACUCUCCACCAAGCUCUAUUCAUAAUACCACAUGCCUGAAAGCUUUGUAUGCAGUUAUCAACACUCAGAUCAUCUUUUCCAUCUUUGUUGAUGUUUAAAAAAUGUAAAACUUAAUUAAAUUGAAUGUAUGGUUACUGAUCAUUAGUGGUUUAAUCAACUAGAAGAAAAAACAGAAUCUGUAUGGUGUUUUUGUCUGGAUCGGCAACCUACUGUAGCCUACUGUGUUCUCUGAAUUGCCCAUGACUGAUGUCAUUUGACAUUUUAAAGCUGUUUUGAAAUAUCUCAUUUGAUGAGUAGCCUAAUAAAGGUUUAAUUAAAGGAUAUCUGUAUUGUAACCUAAAUAAAAUUCAAAUAAGAAACAUUCAUUUUAAAAAGGGCAGUUGAUUGAUGCAGUGAUUCGUGAGUUGUGACAGAAUCGUUCUCCUGUGUCAAAUCUUUCAAAUUUGUUCACGAAUCUGACUGAA